CAAGACCGGAACCUUUCAUCCCAGGCUCUUCGUCGUCGGGAAGAAGAAAAGAGGAGGAGUUCGUCUGUUGACAUUUUGUAGACAUUAAUUGCUGCACAUUGAAUAGUAUUUACCUCCUUUUGUUGGCAGGUAGUUUGCUCCACGUAAGGUUAGCGGAGCUGCGGAACAUUUUCCCCGGCGGGGAGCUGUGGUAAUGACGGCAGUGAGGGUGGCCGCAGCUACAGCGGGGGCCUCGGCGUCUUUGUCCCGCUUCAGAGGCGCCCUGGUCGGGGCCGUGCUCGGGGACUGCGUCGGUGGAGAGUUCGAAGGAGCGGAGGAGGUUCCGAUGGAGAGCGUGGUGCAACAUCUGAACAGCCUGGACGAUGAAACUAAAAGAAACGGAAUCCUUGAAUACAGCGACGACACUGCCAUGACACGCUGUGUGGUCCAGUCUCUCCUUGGCCGGGCUGGAUUUGAUGAGCGGGACAUGGCUCGCAGGUUUGCGAAGGAGUACAGUGCCUCCCCGAGCCGUGGUUAUGGUUCUGGAGUGGUCCAGGUGUUGAAGAAGCUCUCCUCCCCCCAGUUAAAAGAUGUGUAUCAACCAGCAAGAGAUCAGUUUAAUGGCCGGGGCUCUUUUGGGAAUGGAGGGGCUAUGAGAGCAGCCCCCUUUGCUCUGGCUUUUCCUGACUUGACUGAUGUUAAGAAGUUUGCCCAUUUUGGUGCCAUGCUGACACACUCCUGCUCUCUGGGUUAUAAUGGUGCGAUGCUGCAGGCCUUAGCUGUCCACCUUUCCCUGCAGGGGGCACUAGAUUUGCCCCAACAGUUCAUAAACAGGCUUAUCACAGAGAUGGAGGAGGUGGAGGGUGAUGAAGCUGCACUUCGUGAUGCCAGAAUCCUAAAGGAAGCAGAGAAGCCAUACUGCGAGCGUCUUCACAGAAUUAGAGAUCUGAUGGACCGAAGUAAGGUCAGCAUAGAGGAAGUCAUCGCUGAACUUGGAAACGGCAUUGCAGCGCUGCACUCCGUUCCCACCGCCAUCUUCUGCGUCCUCCACUGUCUCCAGCCUCGGGAAUGCCUUCCAGAGGGCUACGGUGGCCUGGAGAGGACGAUAGCAUACAGCUUGGCCCUGGGAGGGGACACAGACACCAUAGCCUGCAUGGCCGGGGCAAUCGCAGGGGCCCAUUAUGGCAUUGAAGCCAUCCCUCAGUCGUGGAUCAGAUGCUGCGAGGGGGCAGAGGACGCUGACGUAAGCGGCGGGCUGCUCCACACACUCUACCACCGUACGCCACAAGAGGACAAGAGUGUGACACAGAGACAGAGCUGCGAGGACAAAUCUGAAAACGGUUCAGAGAAGAAAACUGGUUGAUGCCUCCAACGGAUUUAAACAAAAAGACUCUCACGGAGGCACGUGGACAUUUUCAGAUUCAGAGUUUUGUUUUUGUUUGUUCAAAGGGUCAUUUUUGGAGGUUUACUGUUUAUCCAAACUGUUCAACACACGUGAAAACCAAACUAACAAAAUCUAAAAGUUUGAUUAAAGAAUCUGACACAUCCGAUACGUUUCCGUGACUUCAAACAGAAACCCUAAAAAGUACCGUGUACCCUGCCUUGUUGCUGUCAUCUGUCUUGUGAUUAAAA